AUGUCUGUCCCCACCGUGAAUUACCCGCUCGCCUGCAGCCAUGAGAACUGCAAUAUGUUUCUCCACAACGGCAGUAAUGCAUCCAGGCACCGCCAUGAAUAUCACACUACACCUGGCCUUGUCAAGAUAGGGGGAGUCAUGUACAACGUGGUGUGGGAAGAAGGCUGCAGUAGCACUUAUACGACGAGGUCGUCAUUCAAGAGGCAUACCGAAUCCUCGAUCCAUUCACAGGUUCCCUCCUCCCCCCAGGGAGAGGUAGAUCCUGUUCCUCAUACUGGAGCAUCCACCAUCCCCCACCAGAGACGUGACAACCAGGACAUUGCUGCAGGGAGUGCUCAUGCGCUCGCGCGUCUUCACCAGGGACACGACACCCAGCUGGCAAAUUCAUUGCCACCGGUAACUGCACCUCUCGAUCAGGGGAAUACCACUCGUCGCGUUGCCCUCACUGCUGGAGAAGAUUAUCUACUCUCUUCAACUCUAAUGGACUCCUUGGGCAUUUUCAUGCAUACAGCGCUCAGGAUUUUCAUCUGCAAGGGCUGUAGGAAGUGCCUCACAGCUGACAUGGUCGCUGGCCACCGCAAAGAGAAACACAAACAAUCUCUGACAGUGUCCCAGCGUUCCUCACUAGCCACAUAUGUAGAAGAAAACAAGAUCUAUCACCGGCAAGAGCAAGUCAUAAUCCCCGGUUCUGGAGGACCUCCCGUCCAGCUCAUUGCCUCUCCCCGCAAAGCAUUCUUAUGUUUGAGUUCCCCAGACUGCGAUUAUGUGGUUUGCGACAAGGCCACCAUGCAAAAACAUGCUAAAAAUGUCCAUUCUCAAAGCAGUAAGGAUCUUCUACGAUGCAAAGAAAUUCAUGCGCAGCAGCUCUUUGAUUCUGUGGGAAGAACUUACUUCAUGGUGGAUCCCAAUGAUUCCCUCCAGAACAAGGACCUGGCAAAAGUGCUCAACGACACAUUUGUUCCCUCGCUCUACGUUCCAGUAGUACAGCCGUCCUUGUCGCCUGAAGAGCGAAGGCCCCUCAUCAAGGCCAUGUCCUGGGAUGUAUUCAUGCCAAAUCUCCGUUCUGAUCCAGCUCAGGUUAAGGCGAUCCAAAAGCUGAAGGAGAAGCACAGCCCUGCAGAAUGCCAUGGUGUGUUGUCCGCCUUGAAGGAUUUGAUGCAGGCGCACAUGGACAUGGCUGCUACCAUCCUGGAUGGAAAUCCCCACAAGCUGACGCUGGCCAAGGCCCUCUUGAACGGCAGCAAUGUGACGGACAAAUCAGUUUACUGGGUUCCGAUCUCUGAUAACAAUACUUCCUACUGCGAUACGAUCGUCCAGUUUCUUCGGGCGAUUGUCAGGCUUCGUUUCCAGAACGAUCAUCCCUCAAAGUUCAGUUUUCAGCUUGAUCCCGCUCAGGAACAAACCUUGGUCGCCCUUAUAACGCAUAUGAACGACUCUAACAAUUCUCUGGAUGAGACAGCCAUCACCAGGUUGCACGAGUUUUUGUGGUCUUUGAUGAAUGCAGAAAGUUUUCAUAAGGGCGAGCCCUGGGAAAACGUUAUCCAGCGUUUUAUUUGGUUGAGGGCGCUGCGGCAAGAUGGGAACUUCUAUGAAGCCACUGACUACACCCCGGACCUCGCGAAGUUGAAAUACUUCCUCAACAGUACGUGCAUCGUCCAUGCGCUAUGGUAUCAGAAGGGGGAUGAAGUGGACGAACUCGAACGAGUCAUUGCGGUACACGACGAGGUCUUGCGUGUGGGACGCCUUACAACAUUUAACAUGGUCCAUGAAUAUCAGCAAUAUGCCUCGGCAUUGGCAUUCGGUCAGAAACGCGAGCCAAAAGUCUAUGUCGAUCCCCAGUUUUCCUGGUUUUCCAUUGGAACGGAGACCAUGAACCUCUCCAACUUUCGCCAAGGGAUUCAAAUCCUCCUGCAAAAGGUAGAAGACAGGUAUCUCAAGCUGACGCACGGACGCAUCAUGUUGGAGGACAUGCCUGACGGCAUCUACGAUGACAUGACCAACACAACCAGGGGACAUUCCUUUGCGAUGCACGAGAGCUUCCACCCACUCAGACUCAAGCUAUUCUGCGACCUGGUGGAGAAACAUCACCUCGCUAUGUUGGACGGGAGCGGUGUGCUUUCUUGGGAUAUACCAGCUGUAAAAGACAUCCUACGCCAAAGCGGGGAGGUAUGGAAGCCCCUGUAUCAUCUUCUAUACGUAACCUCGCAAAUAUCCACGCGAUCAGUCCAGUUCUUACAGCACCAUAUCUCUAACGCCGAUCGGCACCGGAAUAUCUUUGUCGAGGCUCAGGAAGUUUUCUUCUUGUCCGGCUACAGCAAGACCACCCACAUCACGGACCGAGAUUCCUGCACUCCCGCCUUUGUCAACCCCAAGGUGGCAAGAUGGUUGGUAGAAUUCCUUGCUGGAGGGCUUAGAGAAGCAGAGUCUAUUCUGGCACAGGUGGCAUAUGGAGACUCAGCACAGCACGAUUAUAAAACCUUCUUGGUCUUGGACAACGGCAGUAGGAUCAACAAAGAUCAGUGGUAUGCCGUCUUUAAGCAGACGAACAGAGAGGUUUUCCAAUGUGCUUGGGGCGUCCGUGACUUCCGACAAGGUGCCAUCGCCAUGGCCAGGGAAUUCAUCUCCGCCAAACAUGCAUUCUCUCUAGCAGACGACCUACUGGCGGAGGGCGCAGACCACUCGACUGAAAUAGAUCAUUCCCACUAUGGGAACCUCCGCGGGUCCAUUCCUGAACUGUCAAAUAAUUCUGUGGAGAAGCAUCGCUGGUUGGGAAAGGAGUGGCACUCGUUUUGCGGCCUCGGUCCCUUUGAGCCCCAGGAGCCCAUUCGAAGGACCAGGAUGCGUGGGGGAUCGGUGCAAUCUCAGAACAGUCUUGCAUCGUCUUCACUGGACCACCCAUCCAUAGCUGACGCGGUCUCGAGCGCCACCGGAAAGCUGGUUAACGAUUUUCUACAGGAAAACCUCCCGGGACUGCUUAGGGAUCUACUCACCAACGGCGUCGUGCCUCAGAUUGUCAAUGCGCUUCAGAGCCCUGGCGCCCCUGCUCUUGAUAUUUCACAGGCAGCGUCUCAUAUAGGUCGACCAAUGAGAGACGUCACAGAGGGAUCCCGCAGCACCGUUCAAAUACCCAAGCAAACCCAUCUGCAUUUCACCAGUGAGGCGGGUGAUCAGCAAUUAGUUGACCUGGACGAGAGCGGUGAUGAGAACGAGAGCCAGCACCAGCACGAAGUACAGACAGGUCAUGCUCUUACAGCACGUGGCAAGCGAGCUCGUAACUCCGGUCCUACUGCCCAGUCAGAGUGUGGCGAUGACUUCCAGCCUCCGAAACGCAUUCGACUGGAAAAAUCUUAUGAAGGCGGAGAGGAGGAUGCGCCCACGGGUACAGCAGAACUGCCUGAUUUUGGAGAAGGCCCUCAAAGUGCCUCAGCCACACCUUCAUUCCUAGAAGAUCUUCUCAGCGACCAGGACGAGGAUGAAUAUAGCGUAUUGGCUUCCUUGGAGGAAGAGGAAGAGGACGUCAUGUUUGACAACGUCGAUUAUGAACGGCCAUCGCAAGAGGCAGAGGCAGAUGAGGGCGACAUGCACCGGUGCUUCUCGAAGGAUGACAUCUAUUCAUGGACAAAAAAGGUGCGCGUAGCAUUCAAACAGCUGUUCAAGGACCCAACUGCCAAGGAAAAGUCCCCUGAGCAGUUGAACGCAAUUGUGAUGGUGAUGUCCGCCCAAAGCGACACUAUGGUCACUCUCAAGACCGGUGGGGGGAAAAGUGCUCUAUGGAUGAUCGGCCCCUUCAUGUUUCCCGACCAGCGGUGCAUUGUGAUCUGCCCAUUCGUAGCCCUUCUGGAAGAACAAGUUGAAAGGUGUCUGUCUGCAGGGCUGAGGGCACACAACUUCACCAAAGAUAAGAACGUUCCGCAGGAUGUCCAGAUCCUAUUCAUCCAAGUGGAGAGCUGCUCUUCUAAGGCAUUCAAGGAGCUGAUGCACAGAGAAGAGCAUAGGUUUCACAGGAUGUUCGUAGAUGAGAUCCAAGAUAUCCUGAUAUGCCAUCCAGAACGCGAAUUACCUUGGCGUAAUCUUGCUCGCCACCUUUCUAAAUUGCGGAUUCCGUUGGCUUUGCUUUCCGGAACAAACCCCCCGUCUAACGUCGCUGCUUCUCUUGAACACUUUUCCCUGGAACCCAACGCCAUUCUCCAAAUCCGUUCCUGCACAGACCGUCCAGAGAUCGGAUUUCACGUCUUGCGCGUACUCCCGCAGGCUUUUGAUUUGUCUCUAAAGCGCAUCGUGCAUGCCCUCCAAUCUACGAUGAGCAAAUCGGAUCGCAUGCUGGUUUUUUUCAGCAAAAACAUAGAGGCAGACGCGUUCAGCCUCCACAUGGACUGUGCGGUAUUUCACAGCAACCUUCCAACCUCAGGAAACACAAAGGAUCGGAAUUUGGAGAGGUGGGACAGUGGGGACACGCAGAUAAUGGCGUGCACUACCGCCUUCGCCCAGGGUGUGGAUCGAAGUUCUGUGAGAUAUGUGGUGAUAAGUGAAGUUGAGUAUGGCCUCUUGGUAGUCAAUCAGAUGUCGGGCCGUGCAGGGAGGGAUGGACAGGAGGCUCACACUUUUUAUCUGACACGGAAAACAACGCUGUCAGCAUUCGAGGGCGAAAACGACCAUGACUGCUCAAAAGGCUUGGAUGAUGUGCUGUUUCACCACACCUGCCGCAGAUACACCUCCAUCAAGUACAUGGAUGGUGAACGCCGCAUGCAACUUUUUGCGAUGAAAGCAAUCAAGGAUGCGGAAUACAGAGACAACAUCCAGUUCCCAAGCUUAUCCCAGCAAUAUCCUGCAACGCCCACAGAAGACGUUCUAGUCCCCAGCUCAUCUCAACGCUCCCUUUCUUCUCCUGCUUCCCUAGAGCAAGAAGACAACGACAUCAUGAGUGACAACUUCGAAGGCCAACAGUUUUUUUCCCCGCGCUCCAUUUCUUUUUCUGCAUCACCCGUCCAUGAAGCUACAGCUCUUCCACCCUUGCAAGAUGGUGAAGAAGACUUUUUCGCACACCUACCAGACAUCACGCCAGACAUGGCUAGAGAAAUGGAUGUCAUUGAGGCCUUGGACACUCUGCAUCGUUCAUCUGCCGAGAAGGUUCCGCGCAAAGAUCGUGCAGCUAAAUUCUUGUCCUCUCAACCAUCGCUAUCAUCUGGCGGCUUUGCAUUACUUCCAACGGCGUCGUCCCAUCCUGCAUCGCUGCCUACCGCAUCGAAGAAGGCUGCCCCCCCUAGAGCGUCACUUCCCACCUUUUCCAAGCCCUCCACAGGGUCAGCCCCUCCUCCAUCGCAGUCUACGGCACACAAGCCAGCCAGGAAGAUGCUCCCUACAAGAUCAUCGCUUUCAGGGUUGCCGAAGGCUCCCACAGCGUCAGCCCCUCUUGUAUCACUAUCUGCAGCAUCCACAUCAGCAAGAAAUAUAACCUCCCCUACAUCAUCGCUUCCUGUGACAUCUAAGACGCAACCAUCAUGGAUCUGUAGGGGCAACAAAGUAAGGGAGGGGCUCGAAAAAAGAUUGCAAAGCACUUCACUCCUGGACAAGUAUAUGCGAAGGUUGAAGGGCUGCUGUCCAUUCCACUUUGUCAGCGCAGAAGGUCACAACAGAUUCUGUCCAGAGCAUGAUUCUGCAUGCCAUCUCAAAGGUAGAGCUUGGGACUCCGCGCUUUACAACAGAUUCAGGAGGUGUUUUGUCUUCGCGAAAUUCGGGUAUUGUUUCAAAUGCGCCCUUCCGCAAAGCAACAACCACAACAAUGAGGCUCCUGCUUGCCAUUCCGAUGUUGGUUAUGCAAAGGGAGACAAAUGCCCUUUCGCCGGUUUUAUUUUUCAGGCUGUAUUUUUCAUGUGGAGGGCCGGAUAUGCUGAAGGACUAGCUAAACGAUAUUUGGGAGUACAAAGCGGUUGGGGGAAUUCUGAUGAAUUCAUCCAUUGGGUGCAGAAGGAACACAGAGAGCAGGGGAAGUAUAUCAAUUUGGUGGAGCUUUUUCUCGCCUUUUGCAAGAAACUGGAGAACGCUGAGCCUGACAUUUUUCAGUAG